CUUACUUUGACUGUGAGAGUGAGUCUGUGAGUGAGUCCCAAGUAACAGCAUGUCAUUGACGAUAGCACCGAAAACCGCCAUUGAUGAUGAAAAUCAACUUCUCAAUCACAAUCCAACUACUUCAAGAGGAAAACAAUUGAAGAUGACGACGCCGUCACGGUUCAACCUUCCCGAUGAUUGGCUGGUUCAGCAAAGACCCCGUACCUCUAACCCCGACCACAUUGACAAGUAUUACAUAGAGCCAGGCUCUGGACAAAAGUUCCGUUCUUUGAUAUCUGUUCGGAGAUAUCUAAAUGGAGAAACAAGAGACUAUCUUCCUACUGAAAGAAUGAUAUCAGAAAACAAAAACACUCUGUUUCUCGACAAUAAGCCGAAUAGUGGCAAGCUUCCCGAUGAUUGGGUGGUUAACCAAGUUCGCCGUACCUCUAACCCCAACCACGUUGACAGGUAUUACAUAGAGCCACACACUGGACAGAAGUUCCGUUCUUUGAUAUCUGUUCGGCGAUAUCUAAACGAAGAAACAAGAGACUAUCUUCCUACUGAAAGAAUGAUAUCAGAAAACAAAAACAGUACUGGCAUCAAGUCUAGGCCUAAACAAAAGUUUCGUUCUGCAAGAGAUUAUGAGAGACAUUCAAUCAGAGAAAAUGCAUGUAGAGCUACACCCAAGGUGCCUAAACCAACAGAUUAUGAGGGACAUUCAUUCAGAGAAAAUGCAUGUAGAGCUACACCCAAGGUGCCUAAGCCAUCCGAUUAUGAGGGACAUUCAAUCAGAGAAAAUGCAUGUAGAGCUACACCCAAGGAUUUCGAAAGAACUCAUUAUUGGAAGAAAAUCAAAACGGGGAAAGAUGACAUAACAAGACCACCAACAAAAGUAAGAUGGGUUUUGUCUGGUCCUGGUGGCUUCUGGAACCCUUUCCUUAAUGGUUCUACUGUACCAGCAUCUGAAAGUGAAAAGACGAAAUGGUCCGAAAUUUUUUCAAUAUCUAUCAAUGAAGAGGUUACUAAUGGAUACUAGACUCAGUAGUUGAGGAUUAACAAUGGAGAUAACAGGACAUAUAUGUUGUUACCACAUAACUUAGGUUGUAGCAUAUAGUUUGUGUCACACUGGUUCUAGGAAUACUAUUUUAUUUUUGUUGCACCUUCAAGAACCUUGUAACAGGUGAAGGAUUGAAGUUUCAACAUUAUCAUCAAACUUCAGUCGUAAAACUCAGACCUGUGUUCAUUUUGCUUCGUUUUUGUACAUAGAUUUAAUGAACUAUCCCA